UCCCGCGGGCGGAGAGGGGCGGGAGGCGGCUGGGGCCGAGGCCGGGCGGCGCGGCGGAAGUGCGCAGUAGCGCUCCCAUGGCCCGCCCCGCCCUGCCGGGGCUGCCGUGAGUGGGGGCGGCGCCGAGGGGCGGCGGAGUUAAACUAUAAGCAUGAAGAAAUUAAAGCUUAAAGAACUGGAAAGCUGUCUUCAACAAGUUGAUACUUUCGAAAGUCCAAAACUGCUCCUUGAGCAGUACCCGACAAGGCCUCAUAUUGCAGCAUGUAUGCUUUAUACAAUUCACAAUACUUUUGAUGAUAUUGAAAACAAAACAGUCGCAGAUUUAGGAUGUGGUUGUGGCAUGCUCAGUAUUGGAAGUGCAAUGUUGGGAGCAGGAUUGUGUGUGGGGUUUGAUAUAGAUGCAGAUGCACUGGAAAUAUUUAAUAGCAAUAUUGAAGACUUUGAGCUCAUGAACAUCAACAUGGUUCAGUGUGAUGUCUGUUCUUUAUCUGACAGCAUGUCAGAGACUUUUGACACAGUUAUUAUGAACCCUCCUUUCGGUACCAAGCAUAAUAAAGGAACAGAUACGAUUUUUCUGAAAACUGCUUUACAAAUGGCAAGAACAGCUGUAUAUUCCCUUCACAAAACUUCAACACGGCAGCACAUUCAAAAGAAAGCAGAUGAAUGGGAAGUGAAGAUGGAAGUCAUAGCAGAACUUAGAUAUGACCUACCAGCAUCAUACAAGUUCCAUAAGAAGAAAUCAUUCCACCUGAAUACUGAAUCCAGCAUCUUUGGUAAGAGGACAGUAACAUCUUUCAGAGCAUCAAGAUGAUUGACAAUGUAGAAGCAUGGAAAACUCCCCCAAGAUUCCCUUGUCACAGGAAAUUACGUUCUUCAUCAGAACACCCGCCUGGCAGCCCCGUCUUGUUUUAGUAGUUUAAUGCACCAACCAUUGUUCAGCCUACUGCAGUCUGCAGUAUUCCCAUUUCCUCCUCUUCCUGAUCUCAAGGCUAUGUUGCAUCCUUUGCUGUGCUUGCAGUUCUUUUUUAUCUAGGCACUUAACAGCCUUAAAAUUUGCAUCCCAGUCUCCACUACUGGACUUCCACCUGUACCUAACAUGCUCUUUAAAGCAUGAUUUCAGUGGGUGUUAGUUGGCAGCUCUGCUCAGAUCAUGGUCCAUUUGUCCAUAAAGCACUUCAGUAAAAUGCAGACUGUAGUUCACAAGCUGGUAGUUGCAGUUAUUUCCCAUUAGCCACCCUGACUACAGGGAACUGUGGGUCACUACCAGAUUCAGGUGCUGGCACUAUCUUAACAUCCCCUGCAAUGUUGUUCCCAACACCCAACUUGAGAAACCAUUGUUCUAUUUUACAUUAUACCUAAUUUGGUGUAAUCGAGUGGCAUUCUACAGAAUAGACUCAGCUUUUCCCAACUAACUGACCAGAUCUUUGUGUGCUACUGUAACUUCUAGUCCAACAGACAGUCAACCCACCGAAGAAAGAGAAGAAUAGUUUCAUUAGAUAAAUUUAUCACUGACUUAAUUCAGCUUGCAAACACUUCUGAUGGAGCUGUUAGGGCAGGAAGAACAAGAAAAAAAAAAGCCAAAAACACCUUUCCAUGGCAGAAAGCAGUUGUAGUGGGUUAGAUUGGACAUUACCGCACCCUCAGAGUCAAAAAAAAAAAAAAGUAUUGAAUGGCAGCUAUAUGAAUCUUGCUAUUCUUGAACCUUGGUGUAAAAUCACUGUAAAUCAGUUUGGUGAUUUAACUCGCAUUACAAAGUCUCUUCUCCAGGUGUGGCUUUUUUUAAGCACCAGGCAACGUAUUUAAGUGAACCAUGUUCUUAUGGGUGCUUUUCACAGUACAGCUCAACGUUUAAGACGACAUACUAAUUUACCAUGAGAUUUUAAAAACUUUGCUCUCUUGCAUAUUCUGAGAAAAAAAAAUAAUUUGGACUUCAGUCUUGUAUCUUGUUUUAAGAAAAAAGCAUUAACAAGAUGUUCUGGAAUGCUAGAACAAGACAGUCUGCUGCUCUACACUGAAAUACAGAUUGAGCUAGACAGGAAUCUUCCCUCACCACCUUCCAUUUGGUCAGCCAGUCUCAAGUACACUGUUAAGAAAGAGCUGAGUGGACGCAGUGGCUUUGCCCUCCUCUAUAGCAUGAAAUACAGAGCAGCCUCCAAGCAGGCUGCAUCUGCUUGCUCCUUCAGUGGUCUUUGCUGUUUUACCUGUCACACUGAAUAGCACAUAGAUUUAUUGGAGCAAGUUUUCCCUUAACACAAGUCGUUGUUAAAUAAAAGUUGGGGCCUUUUGACUGCGUGCUGCCAAAUCACCCCACCUCUUCUACCCUGACCAAAAACCACACUGGACUGAAAUAUGCAGGACAGCCUUCUUUUUACCACAGGAUACCCAACAAGUGCCAAGAUGGUAGUGCUGUGAAGCAGUAUGGAAGAAUAUACGCUUUUGUCUUCACCUAGCUUCUGCCACCUAAACUCCUUCAGCCUUGUUCUAUCCUUGAAUACCCCAUCCUUCUUGCUCUUUCGCAGCUCUCCCAGUGCACCACUCUCCAGUCUGCCUCACUCCAGGUACCAAAAUACCUGGAACCAGCAACUUACUUUCCACAUAAUAAUGCUCAGCCCUACUGCUAAGGGAUGAAAAACAAAGUCUACUUCAUUAGCAGUAUUUUCAAGGUAAAAACCACACCGUGCAGAAGUGUAAAACAACACAAGGCCUGGGACAAGUCCUUCAGAUUAAGUCUUACACCCGGAAGAGUUUUUCUAGAAAGGACCCAUUCAGCUGCCAAGUAACAACAAAAUUAAGGCAAGACUAAGAAAGACUCAAGCUUGCCAUAUGUGAAAUUCAGUUCAGACACUGAUUGAGCUCUAACCUAUUUAGAAUAAAAGCAGAAGCAGCCUUCUAAUUUAAGAGAAAUGCUAGUCCUGCUGCACAUGCUCACUUCAGGCUC